CCUCGGCCUCCGACGCAGAGGCUGCGGAGCGGCCCGGCCACCGAAGGAGGGCUGCGAGGCGGGGAGGGAGGCCCAGGGCCCAGAGGUGCUGCCCUGCGCUCCCCCAGACGCGGCAUGUUGCCCCAACCCCCUCGGCGGUGGGGCUCGGCAGAGGAGGCGGCGCAGGAGGAACGCGACCCCUCCGCAGGCCGUGACCAGGGCGAGACCUGGAGCUCUGGGGAGGAGGCCCCAGGGGAGCCGGGGACGCCCCCGCACGACAGCCCUCAGCUCCAGUCUGUAAGUCCUUCCUGGACCCUGAGGAAGCAGCUGCCACCCGGCAGUCCCCCAGGCCUGGCUGCUGAGCAGUCCCCAGGAACCCCAGGUCCCCUUUCCCCCCAGAUGGCUUGGGAUGUGGCCCCAUCAAGGAUGACCCCACUACCACCCUGGGACCCUAACUAUGAGGCUGAAGGACCACAGCAGUGGGGGGCCAGCAGUGGGUCAGGCGCCUCCUUCUCAGGCCGGACUUUGUGUCAUCCGUCAUUCUGGCCACUGUAUGAGGCAGCCUCUGGCAGGGGCCUCAGGCCCCUGGCCCCCACAACAGGGCAUCAGAAUGGAGUUGCAGGUACUUCCCUGGUUGCCCCAGUGGGCAGGCAGGCUCGCCUUGAGUGUCCCCACAGUGCAGAGCUCUCUGGUGUGGGAACCCCAGCCUGGCCUCUGGUGCCACCGCAGCAUUUCCCCUCCCCAGGGUUCCCGGUGCUGUGCUGUGAAGAUGUCUUUCUCUCAGACCCUCUGCUGCCCAGUGGGCACCGUAUUCCCCUGUACCUGGCUGAGGCCCCUCAGCAGGUGAUGAGCUCAUUACAGCUGCUGCUCCCACCCCCUAUUAUGUCCACCUGGGUUGUCCCCACCCGAUCUGCUGGCCGCUCCACCGCCUGGCUCAGCCGAUCUGAGCUGAUUGCCCUCACUGGCCUCCUGCAGAUGAGCCAGGGGGAGCCAAGACCCAGCUCCUCGGUGCCCCCCAUACCUGGUGCUGACUCCUCAGAUCUCGUCUCUGGUGACCCAGACUCCACUGGUGGCCCCAGCUGUCCUCAUGUCCCAGACCCAUCUCUCCCACGGACCCCAGACACCCAUUCACCAUAGCCACUUUCGGGGCAGAGUGUGCUCCCCCCCUUUCUGGAAAGUUCUGUCGACAAUAAAGCAGUGUUGGUUUGCAAA